AUGGCGGCUUCCAUAAUUGAGACAUGCCAUGUAGCAUGCAGCGCAAAUAGGACUCCAAAUGUUGUUUCUUGGGGUCGGGGAGGGACUGUGGCUUUCGGGACGUGCAAUUCAGUGGCCUUGUACGAACCAAAGGAAAGAAGAGUUGUCGCUUUGCUGAAUGGACACAAAGGGAGAGUAAAUGCAGUCAAGUGGGUUCACAAGAAAGACAAUGCAUCAGAGCGUCAUGUCGUCUCAGGAGGUUCAGACAAUCGGAUCAUCCUCUGGGAAGCUCAACCUGGGAAGUUCGUCCAGUCAGUGGAGUGUAAGGGCCACACUGGUCCUGUCAAUGCUGUGGAUGCCGUCUACCUGGAGGACUCUAAGAUCCUCAUUGCCUCUUCUUCGUCCGAUUCCACAGUGAGAUUAUGGCUCUGCAGUGACGACAAAGAAGUUGAGUGCCUCCAUAAUGUAUCAUUUGGAAGCAGUUUCAUGAUGGAUGUCUCUCUAGCUCUGUUGCCCGGCGCUGGAGUUCCCAUUCUGGCCUGUGGAGGUGAUGACUCUCGGGUGCAUCUGUAUGUGCAGGAGAGCGGUCAGCUGCAGAAAGCCAUGUCACUGCAAGGGCAUGAAGACUGGGUUCGUGGAGUGAAAUGGGCAUGUAGGGGGGACGAGCUGUUAUUAGCCAGCUGUUCACAGGACUCUCUCAUCAGAGUGUGGAGGCUCUGUGCCAAAUCUGGCACAGACACCCACACAGAAGAUGAUCACACUGUCAUCAAAAUGAAAGAGGACGUUUUUGAAGUGAAGGACAGAGGAAUGGUCUCAAGGUUUGCAGUGUCCCUUGAAACUGUCUUGGCAGGACAUGAGAACUGGGUUUAUGGAGUCAGCUGGCAGCCCCCUGUCUAUAAAGGUGGUGAGCUGCAACAGCCUCUUAUUCUACUCUCAGCCUCCAUGGACAAAACCAUGAUCAUCUGGGCUCCUGAGGAAGGAUCUGGUGUCUGGGUAGAGCAGGUGCGUGUCGGGGAAGUAGGUGGAAACACUCUGGGCUUCUACGGCUGCCAGAUGAGUCCGGAUGGCUCGAUGAUUCUGGCCCAUGCUUUCCACGGAGCACUACACCUUUGGUGCAAGGAUCAGGAUAAAGAGGGAGGGUGGAGACCAGGAGUUGUGAUAUCAGGUCACUUUAAUGCUGUUCAAGACCUGAGCUGGGAUCCUGAGGGGGAGUUCAUCCUCAGUGUGGGCUCAGACCAGACCACCAGACUGUUCACUCCAUGGAGGAAGCAGGACAGCAAACAGGCAACCUGGCAUGAAAUCUCUCGGCCUCAGAUCCACGGUUAUGACAUGCAGUGUCUGGCCAUGGUUGGGCGGUUUCAGUUCGUAUCUGGAGCUGAUGAGAAGGUCCUCAGAGUGUUUCAAGCGCCUCGAAAUUUUGUGGAGAACUUUGCUAGCAUCUCUGGGAUUUCAAAAGAAAAGCUGCUUCAAUCCAGUGGCUCAGCCAGCCUUCCAGAAGGAGCUAGCACACCUGCCUUGGGUCUUUCCAACAAGGCUGUAUUUCAAGGCGACCUUGUCCCGAAGACUACUGAAGAAGAGGAACAGUUCAGCAGUAUAUCUGACCAAUACCAGGAGUCAUAUUUCCACCCGCUCAGCCUGACUGAGCCACCCCCAGAGGAUCAUCUCCUCCAGAAUACACUGUGGCCUGAGGUCCAGAAAUUGUAUGGUCAUGGAUUUGAGAUGUUCUGCCUCGCCUCUGACAGCACCAAGACGUUGGUUGCAUCAGCAUGCAAGGCAUCUAAAGCUGAACAUGCAGCUGUGCUGCUGUGGAGCACAGCCACGUGGCGUCAGCUGCAGACGUUGCCAUAUCACACCCUUACAGUCACCCAGAUGGCCUUUUCACCUGACGCAAAGUUCCUGUUGGCUGUUUCCAGAGAUCGCACCUGGUCGUUAUGGAGACGGAAGCUGCCAACACCAGAAAAUCCAGAGCCUUCGUUCUCAUUGUGCGCACACACAGCCAAGGACACAGCCAUGCACAGCAGGAUCAUCUGGUCAUGCGACUGGAGCCCCGACAGCAAAUACUUUGUGACAUCCAGUCGGGACAAGAAGGUGAUCGUGUGGGGGCCGUGCAUGCUGGAGAACUCUGAAGAACCAGUGUUUCCUCUGGAGAUCAAGCCAUGUUCCUCCAUCUUAGAUGUUGGGGAUUCUGCUACGGCUGUAGCCUUUUGUCCGUCCCUCUGUUCUGAUCACAGCUACUUACUUGCAGUUGGUCUGGAGUGUGGACAAAUCCUGCUCUACAGGUGGAGACCCGGUCAAGUGGGGGUUUCAGGGAGUGACUGGAUUAGCGGUGGUGGGACAGACACCUUACAAAGCCACACACUGGCAGUGAAGCGGCUACGCUGGAGGCCGCGGGCCGGUCGGGCAGGUCUAGAGAACAGCGAGAUGGAUGGGCCGAGUGACACGGAGAGAAAACUCGAAGAGAAGAGCUCCUGGGUCCAGCUUGCUAGUGCCAGCGCAGACCACUCUGUCAAAAUCUUCAACAUCAACAAACAGGCUCUUUAGCACCGCCACACUGACACUAUUAUGUCUGUUGCAAGUAGAGAGAGAGGCUUGGACUGAGGGCCAGAGGCCUGUGUGGGCCACACAGACCACAGCUGCUCUCUCCCAAACCAUUCAGUCCCUGUGACAGCAAGUUAGGCCAUGGGUCAGUCAAAGGACAGAACCUGCUGCACAAAAGCCCCAAAGUCUGUCUGCACAGAGCCAAACGGGUUUGAUGGGUGGAAGCAGGAGGGUUAAAACACCAGAACCGCAGGGUGGGCAUUUGGUUUGGAUACUUUACAGAGAAGAAACCUUUGCUCUCUAUCUAGCACAUGCCUAUGGAAAUAUUUGUGUUGGACUGAAUUCUUUAAGACGACAACUUUGUUAAAAAAUGAGCUUUUGUUGUUGCUUGUGAAUAUCUUUUUGUAUUGUCAUAAUUAGGUUUUCACCAAAUUGAGAGAAAUAAGAAUUGUUUAUUGGAUAAGUUUUGUGAUUAUUUAUUUAUUUUUUUUUUUUUACAUUUUCCUUCUGAAUUAUGUUCAUACUUGUAGCUCUACUUUCCAAGUCUGAAGUCAAGAAUUAUCUAAAAAAAAAGAAAAAAAAAGAAAAGAAAGCAAAUACAAGGCAGGCAAGCAAAUAGCCUAAAGUUUCAAAAGUUAUGCCAAACUUUUUUUUUUUAGGAGGAGAGAUUUCCAUAGUCACUGACUUGAUAUAAUCUCCUUCCUACAUUAGAUAACCUAAUAUUAAUUAGCAAUGUGGUCAACUGAUUUUCAACUGCACUACACAAUAACUGGGAUCAAUUUAAACUGAAUUUGCUUGAAUCCUGUGAUGCACUAGUGGGUAACCCCUCGACCCCGCAAGUAUAGGUUGGUAUAGACAAUAGAUGAGUUGAUAUCAGGACCAGGGUGACAUUAUGUGAUUGGAUUUUAUUGGUUACAAAUUGACUAAAUUCAAUCUGGAUUCCAUAUGAAAUAUGAAGUGGAACCAUUGAGGGGGCUUCUGUUGCAAUGUAGCACAACAUAAAAAAAUUUUAAUUUAGCAAAUGCAACUAGUGAUGACAUUAUGUACACAACAUAGAACUGGAGCCUCAAUGCAUAACACCACAGCCAUGCAGGAAGAGAAUAACAGUAUUUAAAAAUAGUAGUCAAUUGGAUUGAAAUUGAAAGGACGCAACAAAGACAGAAACAGCAAUGCCAAUGUUAAGAGACAUUAUUUUGAAAACAGUCUGACAUCAGUCUGACAACAGUCUGACAAGCAUUGUUUUAUCUCCUCAUGCAGACAACAUUUUAUGAACUGUAUUUAACUAAUUGAUUUUUAUUUAAUAUGUAUUACCAAAGAUUCUGUUUAAUCACAUGGAACUUGUCCAGUUUGCUCUUUGAGUUUGGUGAAAUAUGCUAACAUAUUUUUCAAGGACAAUCCAUGUCAGAAUAUUUACUCUAAAACCAGCCAGGUGUGCCGUCACCAUUAUCUAUCCAUCAUCUAUGCCCGUUGGUGUGUGUGAAGGGUCACCUAUCUCCAGCAGUCAUUGGACCAGAGGAGGGAUACACCCUGAACAAUUUGCCUGUCCGUAAAUUGCUAACAUGGUAAAACUCUCACCAAAGGAUGCAACAUGCUAUGUUUUUGGGGCUCUGGAUGGAAGCCAGAGUACCUGGAGAGAACCCACACCCGCACAGGGAGAACAUACAGAGACCGCAGGCUGGGUUUCAAACCCAAAAGCAGCCCUCCUUUAUGUGCUAACCAUGAAUUUGUCUGGGGUCAGUGGUUGCCUGCAGCCUUAUGUCUGUCCAGUCACAAACUGUGUGCAAUCACAAAAACAGAGAAGUACUGCUCUUGGAGUAGUUCUCGGUUUUCAAACUAUAAAACGAGUUAUGAGGAAAAAGCUGCUGUACAUCAUGAGGAAUCCCCAACUUUCAUGUCAUGCUAUUAUGAAAGCGUUAUCUUCAAUAUUUUAUUUUAAAAUGGAACAGUCUUCUUGCUUUUCAUCAUUAUUUUUAUGUUAUGAGGUCUUUACUCUGGCUUGCAAACUAAUUCAGACAUUAUGCAAUUUUUUAUUUAUUUAUUUUUUGCAGGCUUGUCGAACAAGCCCUUGACCACCUUUUGGGUGAAAAUAGUUUGCCAUGACGUGGUGCCAAGGACGUCACUUGUAGAAGCCUUUAAAUGUUAGAGAUUAAUCAUAAAAAUGGGGACCAGUGGCACAGCAAAUAAAGCCACUGACAAAGGUUGCUCAGACCUCUCGAGUCCUGCUUUAGAAAAGAAGUAAAUGAGAAAAUAUUUGAGAUGAUUAUGUUAUUAUACCCCUGAGUCAGCCAUAGCUCUCUCAGGGUUAUAGUCUGAGAUCAUAAUGGGAAAUAAGAGCACCGUUUUUACACAAUUGAAAUGACAUUUUAUGCUUUUGUUAGACAAACAAAGCCAGCAUGUCAGGAAGAUGUUUUAAAGAGGAAGCAGUUUGCCUUUUAUUGUUAGUUUGUCUAAUCUGUGUAAGUGUGUGUGUGGUCUGUGCUCCCAUUUAGCUUAGCUUUGGUUUGGAAGAAAACAGUCCUUUUGUCCUAAUCUUAUAUUUAGUGGUAGAGGGGAGAUGCAUGCACAAAGUUACACAGCCUUGCAAAACUAUGAAUACCUCUUGAGGUUUUUCACAUUUUUGUCAUGCUACAAACUUAAAAUGCUUUCAGCAUGUAUAUCUUUACUUCAUCAUUUGCUCUUUCCUCUUGAUCCAUAAAGGAGAAACAUGCUUUAUAAACAUGGAUUUAUAGCAUGGAUUUUGUGUGAAGAUGAUACUGGAAUCAUUGCACAGUUUUUUUUUUUAUGUCAAUGAAUAUAAAUGUUUUGUUAUAUCUUUAUUUAUUGUUUAAUCUGUGUUGUUUUUUUCAUUGAUUUGAAUGUGCUUUACUGUUGCCUCCAGGUCUGGGGCUUCAGUGAUAAUGUGACACAAAAUAGGUCAUUUGACUUUUUUGAGGUCAGAUUAAAAAUUAUUUAGCAAAUGCAACAAUUAAAACUCCACCUUCUGACAAAUGGAUAAAUAGAAAUAGCAAAUAUUUUCAGGAAACUCCAAAAACAUGCAUAGAGAGAAAAGUAACAUGUUAAAUUUGUAUCCAUUUUCUGACUGUUUUUAAAAUCACCAGAUUGAUUAUUUAUUGAUACCUUCUCUUCAUUCUGCCAGCACUGACUAACUGUAGUGUAAUCAAAAUGUAGACAAGUUGCUGCCAUCCAUCCUGUGCACCGACUGGCUCCCCUCAUGUACUUUAAUAAUUCAUCAAGCAUAAUGUUCAAGAGUUUCAUUCCCAAUGUAUUAUUCCCUCUCCCCGUCUUUCUUUCUGACGUCAGCAGGCAUCCCUCUCGCUGUGUCUUUUGUUUGUUGUGCAGAUUAAGAGCUUUAAUAUUGAAUGGGCAUCUCAUUGCAUCACCUCAAUUACCUGUAUUUUUUUUUUUACUGCCUUUAAUAUUUAUCACAUUUAAUAUUUAGCAGUCAUAAAUCUGAGUGACCAACAAUCCUGUGUUCACUUAACAGAUAAUGUGAAGUCCUGCAGGGGAAAAAAAAAAAAAUUACACCCCUUUAAAAAUUUGUAUUUGUUUUAGGAAAUAUUUAUUUCAAAUCCAGUUUUUAAUUUCUGCAAAAGAAAUUUAAAGUAUGCCAAAUUUCACCAUUUUGAUUUUAGCAAUUGGCACAAAAAAUAUGUGUUAUGGUUUAUUCCACAUGCAUGCAGGUACAGAAGCUCAUUGUUUGGCUUUUCAAACUUUAGAAAAGGCCAAGUGUUUUGCUGAACAACGUAUCUUCAUAUUACCAACGAAACAUGUAAAUAUAAAAUAAAGUUAUCUUGAGGGAUGAAUUUGCCAUGCGGCCGUUUUAAUAUCAGAUUAGAACUAGGCCAUAUCACUUUAUGCAUCUGAUUUCUUGUAAUAAAAAUAUAUUUCAACAGGCAAGUUUACGCUAUUUAUGUGGCUGUUGCUAUCUUUAUGUUUGGAUGUUGACAUUCAUACGCUCUUGUAAUAAUGUUUAUUUAAUAAACAAAGCCUAUAAACACUGUAGAUUUGUAGACACAGCACAGGAAGAUAAAAGAAACGCUGCAUUAUUUUCAGUCACACUUUAUUUAACGAUGAUGUGAAAAGUAAAGGCUGUCCAUAACAUUCAGACAACAAAAGAAAAAUGUUUUUCAAAUAUCCCCAUCACCCUGCCCUCCUCAUCCCUCCCUCCCCCAAAUAACAACCAAUGGCUCAAAAAAUGUUCAGGUGUUCCAAGUGUGAUACUCAUUUUAUACAAGAUUUUCAUAUCUAGACCUCAUCUGUACAUAACAUAGUUACAGAUACUGUAAAUAAAAAGAAGACUUCA